GUUAAAGCGAACGCCUUCGAAAUGGCGGAGGAAGAGGAGGAGGAAGAGUCGGCGCUCCGGGCCGAGGUGGAGCGGCUGAGCGCCGAGCUGGCCGAGACCAGCGAGCAGAAGGUGCAGGCGGCCCGCUACGGCCUGGCGGUGCUGGAGGAGCGGCGGGGCCUACAGCAGCGCCUCACCGAGCUCGAGUCGGAGCACGAAGCCGCCAUCGAGGAGCUGGAGCGGCUCAGGGAGGUGGGUACAGAGCGCGGCCCUCCUCCACCGCGCCUGCUUCCCAUUGGUUAA